CGCAUUUCACUUGUCGGGAACUCCCCGCCACGGAGGGAGGGUGGGUUGCGGCACGACAGGGCAUUAGCGAGCACGCGAGUCGCGGGGGCGGCGGCGUAAGGCCGCGCAGUCUGCGCCGGGAGGGACGCGGUGUCGGGGCAGAGUAGCAGCGCCAGGACCCGAGCGAACGCGCGCGCCGCAGCCGCAGCAUGCAGCCGGUCCAGGGCAGGCACACGGCGGCCCUGCAGCACAGGCUGCCGCGCCGCGUCUCGGCGACGGGCUCGGGCUCGAUGCGCUCGCAGAGCGCGCGCAGCGACAGGCCCCUGCUGUCGAGGAGGAACCCUCUGGCCAGGAUCGCCUCCUACGUCACCGAGUUCUUCGAGCAGUCCACCCUGCACGGGCUGCGCUACAUGAUCCUGGAGAAGGGCAACUACGUCGAAGUCGCGCUGUGGACCGUGGCGCUCGUCUCCUCCAUCACGGGGGCCACCCUGCUGAUCGGCGGCUCGUGGAAGCGCUUCCAGAACAACCCGACCGUGGUGUCGCUGGAGAAGGACUUCCGCCUCUGGAACACCAGCUUCCCCUCGGCCACCAUGUGCUUCGACCGCAGGCUGGACAACAACAAGGCCUACGACUACAUCGCGGAGAAAUGGGGCCUGCAGGACAACAGCACAGAAGACUACAUGCAAUUCUUCAAGUUUGUCGAGAUAGUUGCCAACGCUACUUAUUCGUCUUUAAAGCCGUUCAAGGAGUUUGCGAGGAACAGUACUUUCAACAAAAUCGACAUGCUGGAUCUCGCCGACCGGGUCAACACUAAUAUAUUUUUCCGCGCCACCGUGUUCGACACGUCGAUGGCCAUCAACUUCACCGAGGCCCUCACGGAGCUGGGCAUCUGCUACUCGUACAGCGCGGUGUUGGCGCGCUACCUGCCGGUCCGCAAGAACACGCCGAUCGAGCCGUUCGAGCCACCGCAGUGCAACUUCCUCAACUCGCUGUGCUACGCGCGCGUGGAGGACUUGCAGGGCCCCGUCAAGUACUUUCUGCACUCGCCCUACGAGAUCCCAGACUCGGCGUCCAAGCCCUUCACGGUGCACUCGCGGCAGGAGCGCGACACGACCGUGCGCUUCCUGGAGACCGUCGCCGACCCGGCGCUCCGCCAGCUGUCCAAGCGACAGCGCCGCUGCCAGUUCUUCAACGAGGGCAAGAAGCCCUACCCGGUCUACUCGUACAACCUGUGCAUGAUGACGUGCCGGCGCAAGAUGGCCGUCCGCUACUGCGGCUGCGCGCCCUUCUUCUACGGCGACAGGGGUGAUGGCGUCAAGACGUGCGACGUGGACGGGAUGGCGUGCCUUGCGGACUACGGCGAGAAGCUCAUCGAGCUCCGCGAGGAGGACCCCGAGGCGGACUGCAGGUGCUACCACUCGUGCGAGGAGAUCCGCUACACGACGGACCGAAACUUCGAGCGGAGCUGGUCGUACCCCGUGCCAGACAACAUCAGGUUCCGAUGGGCCAUCGAGCUGUACAGCAAGACGAGGUUGAAGCGGUCCAUUAUUUUCACCUUCAGCGAUCUGCUCGUGUCCUUCGGCGGCACCGCGGCGCUGUUUCUCGGCUGCAGCAUCCUCACUUUCGUCGAGCUCAUCUACUUCUUCACGCUGCGCCUCGUGUGCGCCGUGCGGAAGGGCAGCGGGAAGUCCCGAAACCUGUGACCCCCCUCUCCGCUCCCCCACAUUUGUUAUCGCACCCUCUCAAUAACAAUAUAAAUACCGAAACAUUA